UAAUUGACGUAUGUGACCCAAAGGAUCGUAGGUCACGUGAUAAGAGAAACGAUAAUUGGGUUACCGUGGCCACGAGAAAAUAAGAGACGACAUGAUUUCACAGAAUUACAGGCUAGAGCUUACCUUCUUCUUGACAUCAGUAGCGAUAUACGGUGUGAAUGCUGGACAGACGUGCCUCUCCUGUAAGGGUAUCCCAGAACCCACGGAGUGCUCCUUUGUGACCGAAUGCGGAAGUCAUGAGCAAUGUUAUGUCCAGAAGUAUGUGAAUGCAGCCGGUCACGUGAUGUAUGACCUUGGAUGCGCGGACCAUUAUGUCUGCGGUGAGUUUCCUCGAAACCGACAACUUCAAAGAGUUUUAGGGAAACAAAACGCUAUUGUUUGCGAGGCUUGUUGUAAUAGUACGAAGAUCUGCAACAACAGAAAUCUGUGUGGGAGUCAAGUGUUGCCCGACUCCUCGGGGACCAUCUGUUACGCCUGUGACUACCAGACUCACCCGGAGUCGUGUGAUCAGAUAACUCUCUGCUCCAUAGACAGGGCCUGUUACAUUGGCAUAUCACGUGACGAAACCACAAUGCUCUACCAUUACGUCACUGGGUGUGCUCUUAAGGAAACGAAAUGCUGGACGCUGGAGCAAUAUCCGGACAAUCCCUACUGCUCCCGCUGUUGUGAAGGUGACCUUUGUAAUGACCGUUGUCAUAGCAACUUCACAAAUGAUAAACUGUGCCUUGAUCGCAAUCCUUUUUGUCCUCUGCUGCAGGAUAAAUGUCACUCGGUGUCAGAGGUCAGGCUGGCGUGUCCCGGCACUUGUUCCUUAUGUCAAGAACACAACUUGUCAACUCCUCAUACAUAUAACGUUACAGCAGGAUAUCAAAACCACACAUCUUCGACAACAAAAACAACAACAUCACCAUCCCUAACAACAACAACAAAAACAUCAACAACAACAGACUCUCCACCAACAGCAAUGAGAUCAACAUCUACCUCUUUACCAUCCUCAACAUCAUCACUUUCGAUGUCGUCAUCAUCAUCAUCAUCAUCAUCAUCAUCAUCAUCAUCAUCAUCAUCAUCAUCAACAAAGUCGACGACGACAAGUGUAUUGAACAACCAGACCUCGACUUCACCGAUUUCCUUCGCCUCGCAUUCUCCAACGAUUCAAAGCAGUGUUACUUCCGGACAACACAAUACAGAUAGUGCGGGAAACUCUACAGUGUCCUCAGUACAAACAGAUCGCACUGUACAUACCAACAACCUAACAACAUUGUCAACUCCAGCGUCUUUUCCGACAACAUCCGACGCCUGUAUCGAUGCCAAGAAUAUCGAUUGCAAGCAUUACGACUUAUUUAAAAUUUGUAACCAGACGAGCAUUUACUAUGGAUUUGCGCAGACCCACUGCCCUCUAACCUGUGGCAUAUGUCAUCCAGUGGGAUGUAAGGAUACGAUACCAAACUGCGACGAAUAUGAGGACGGUUUUUGCACGAAUCACGACUACGCCAACUUCGUCUUUCUAGCCUGUAAACGGUACUGCAACAGGUGCUAGUGUGAAACCGUCCCUCUGAAUAAAACCGGAAGUGACGCAGGCUUCGCUGUAAUGUUUGCCUCCCUAGUUAACUUUCCUGCAGGAAAUUGUUUUCACGGCGUUGUGUUUUUGUUUUUUUUUUUUUAUCGUUUGAAAAUACAUGUACAUGUGGAACUGACGAUACACUAUAUUCAAAUAUAAAAUAGUCUGUUGUGUUUCAUUAGUGAAGGCUUCCAUACGCAUUGAUUGUAUAUACAGUUAUUUACGAUUAUUUUAUAGUAUCAUAAUUGUCUAGAUAUAUUUGUUAUUUUCAUUAACAUGCAUAAAUAAGUAAGGAAUUUGAGAGAGAGAGAGAGAGAGA